GGGCCCAACUGGCCCCUCCCCUGGGCUGCAGGGAUCCGCCUCUCUAUUCCCCAGAUAAAUUCCUAGUGUCCACCAAAUUCCUCAGCGCUCUCUCACACUCCCCUACGGCCUGGACUCCGGGGGUGGGGAAAGAGAGCGCCCCGGCUCCCGCCCGGAGAAGCCCUGGCGAUUCCUCCCCGUGGGUCUGCAAAGGGAGGGAGGCCCGAGGCCCAACCAAACCCCCAAGUCCCAACCGGCAGUGGCCCCUCCAGACUCGGGGACCACUCCAGGUUUCUUCCCUGUCUCUAGCCUUCUCCGGUGCUGCCCCCGAUCCCCGUCCCCUCCCGCCACCAUGUCCACGGGCUCCCUGAGCGACGUGGAAGACCUUCAGGAGGUGGAGAUGCUGGAGUGCGACGGCCUGAAAAUGGACUCGCACAAGGAGUUUGGGACUUCCAACGAGAGCACCGAGGAGAGCUCCAACUGCGAGACCGGGUCGCCGCAGAAGGGCCGGGGCGGCCUGGGCAAACGGAGGAAGGCGGCCCCCAAGAAGAGCCCCCUGAGUGGGGUCAGCCAGGAGGGAAAGCAGGUCCAGCGCAACGCGGCCAACGCGCGCGAGCGGGCCCGGAUGCGGGUGCUGAGCAAGGCCUUCUCCAGGCUCAAGACCACCCUGCCCUGGGUGCCCCCCGACACCAAGCUCUCCAAGCUGGACACGCUCAGGCUGGCGUCCAGCUACAUCGCCCACUUGAGGCAGAUCCUGGCCAACGACAAGUACGAGAACGGUUACAUCCACCCGGUCAACCUGACUUGGCCCUUUAUGGUGGCCGGGAAACCAGAGAGUGACCUGAAAGAAGUGGUGACCGCGAGCCGCUUGUGUGGAACCACAGCGUCCUGACCUUGGAGGCGCGAGCCUGGGAAAGGCGCGCUUCCGAGAGGAGCGGGCCCCGGGAAGGCGACCCCUGCCCUCCCUCUUCUCUGUCUCGGCUUUCCUCUCCCAAUGCUCAUCUCCCUGUCCCACCCGCCAGAACACUUCACUGCGACGAGGAGAUUCGUUUCCAAACCCGGAGAUCAACUGUACUUACAAAGAGCCCCAUUAUUUAACUUUAUUAACUUCUACCGUGAAUGACUCUGUGAGCCUUGCUGGUCCAAGUGCAAUAUGUAAUUAUAGAUCUAUAAAUCGAUAAUGAGAGCCUAUCAGUAUGUAUCUUUUGUACAAUAUGUUGUAAAAUGUAGGCCAUAGAGUAGCUGACUUUGACAGUCACAUUUAUAAAGUAAUUCAUGUAAAGAUAUAUAUAUUUUUCAAGCGUUUUGCUACUUUCGAAAAUAAAUCUUUCUUUAUAUUGCUAA